AUGGCCGACUUCAACGGGCGUCGUGCGCCCAACUUCUCGCAGUAUCUCAACGAACUGAACACCCUGCCCUCUCAUUUCGAGCAGACCGCGCAGUCAGAUGAAUUGUUCGAUGUCGAUGCGGAACUGGCCCUAUUCACCAACGCCGAGUUUCUCGAUUUCGACCAGCCUGGAAAUGUUGGUAUGGACGAGCAGCAACCCGUAUCGGGUACCGUGAGCCCAGAAAACGGACAGCAGGACAUGAACUAUGUGGGGAUGCUGAAUGAUUACAACCUCUCCACCUUCCCGUACUAUCAACCACAACCGUCGAUAGUCCCGGUUCAAUCAACCGCCUACCCUCCAGCACAACCACUUUCUAGUAACACCCCUCUCUCCCAGACGGCUCCGCAUCAGCAGCAACAACAACAACAGCAACAUCUACAGUCACAGCCACAACCACAACUUCAAGCGCCACAGCCAACAAACACUCAGUCACCGCCCGCUGCUGCCCCCUCAAAACGGAAGUCUGAUGCCUCUACUGUUUCAGCUAUCGACAAGGCCGACCGUCUGGCCCAGGAAGAAGACAAACGCCGCCGCAACACCGCUGCUAGCGCACGCUUCCGUAUCAAGAAAAAGGAGCGUGAGAAGAACCUGGAGAGGACCGUAAAGGAAGUGACAAGCAAGAACUCCACCCUGGAAUCCCGCGUCAGCCAGCUAGAGAUGGAGAACCGAUGGCUUAGAAAUCUCAUCGUUGAAAAGAACGGCACAUCUCUCACUGAGGGAGACCUAUCCGGCAUGUUCCACAAAUAUCAAGAGGCUACUGGACAACACCAGAGACAAGUUUCAACAGGUACUGGCUCUGAGAUCAAGUCUUCUCCAUGA